AUGGCCAAGGGGAGCGCAUCAAGGCGUCGACGCUCCUGGUCGGCCCGCAAGAGGUCCAAAAAGACCGCCGCCGCCGUAUUGAUCUCUCCGGGGCCCCGUGCGGAGACCCCUGCCGCGCUCCUGCCAGGGCGCAUUUUGCGACCCCGAAAACGCAAGCCACUGAGCGAAGGCCAUCUGACCGCCCCAACCGCUGCCGUCCCGAAGCCCUCUUCCUCCCAUCGGCGCUUGGCACGGGCGCGCUCACCAAUCCAGACGCGCGCACGCGGAGCGAUCCCUGCGGCAGCACCCAGAAAACGCGGCGCAUAUCCGAUACACGAGGGAUCUGCCCGAGGCGCGAAACGGAGCAGGAUGGAGGGAGAGGACGAAGAAGACAAGGACAAAGGCGAGGAAGAGGAAGGGGGAGAGCACGAGAAGACAGGCAGCGAAGACGACGCGCUCUCGGUGUGCAAGGUGAAGUUGAAAUCGAAGGAAGAAGAGAUAAGGCGGCUCGAGCGCAACUUCAAGCGGCAGAUGCAAGAAUGGCGCAGGGAGGAGAAGCGGCUCCACCUGUCAGUGGAGCGCCAGAAGAAGGCGACCGCGAACGCGCAGCAUGCCCUGCAACGCGAGGAGGAGGAAACCGAAUUCCUCGCGGCGCUGGUGCAGCAGAAGGAAGAAGUGCCGGACGCGCGGUGGGUGCUCAAGCAGCUAGAAGAGCGGUACAUAUGCUCCUUGUGUUUCGAGAUCAUGGCCCUGCCCUACGGGCUGAACCAUGGACUGUGCGGGCACACCUUCUGUGCGCUUUGUGCGCUCAAGUGGUAUUUCGCCGCCAUGGACUGUGUCUGUGGCUACUGGCACGAUGCGCUGGAGUGUCCCCUUUGCCGGGCGGAAUUACCUUUUGUCCCUGAUCAACCUCGGUUGAUGUCUACCUUUCCCUUCGUCCCGAAUCGUCUCGCGGACGACGCAAUCCAAGCAUACCUGGAAAUUUUGAAGGACGCCGUGUACGAGGAGCGCGCUCUGGAUUGGGGGGAGCAAGUGCUCACCAAGCUGUCAAGCUGGGGCAGGAGAAAGGCCAAGGAUCUGGCCGCCCAUUGGACGGACUGGAACGGACUGGAUUUCUGUCGGUUCAAGGAGCGGUUGGAAGCGAUCGGGUAG